CAUCCACCAGUGCAUCAGCUCAUCUUCCCGAGUGGCCGACAACAUGAGCUUUGAGUUUCAGUCAACGUUCCAGUCAAGCUUCGAGAUGAUCUCCGGCUUUAGCGUCCCCUACGAGAGUCCUAUCCCUGGAGGACUGAAAGCUGGCAAAGCCAUCUUCAUCCAGGGAACCGUUCCCUCUGGAUCUAAAAGCUUUGAGGUGAAUCUGAAGUGUGGGAAGUCUGAAGGAGAUGACAUUGCCUUUCAAAUCAGACCCCAGUUUAGUAGCAACUGCAUAGUCCUAAACAGCCAGCAAAAUGGAUCUUGGGGAAAAGAGGAGAAACUGGAAUUACCUUUAAAGCAGGGGAGCAGCUUUGAUCUGAUCAUUGCCAUAAAUUCAGAAAAUUAUCAGGUGUCUUUGAGUGGAUGUGAAGUUGGCCGAUUUCAGCAUCGUAUAUCUCUGGAACGCGUCAUCGCUCUGAGUGUUGGAGGAGAGGUUUCUUUAACCAACGUGGUGUUCACGGAGAACAGGGCUGGAUCCUCCAUCUUUCAGCAGGGCGGAAGUUUGAUCAACUUCCAGGAUGGGACUAUGACUUUUGAUGAACAAUCAUCUGUGAUAGAUGGAAGCUGGUCUUUGAUGGGCACCCAAUACAAUCAGUCAUCUUUCCAAACAACGACUGAACUUUCAUUGAGCAACCCAGUCCAAAAUCCUAUCCUUCCUUAUGUGGGCCCAAUUUCAGGAGGACUGAGAGAAGGAAUGGCAUUGUACUUGCAGGGAGUUGUUCCUUCUAAUGCUGGCCGGUUUGCAAUAAAUUUCAAGACCGGGUCAUCUGAUACUGAUGACAUUGCUUUCCACUUCAAUCCCCGAAUGGGCUCAAAUGUGAUCUUGAACAGCUUCAGGAAUGGGGGAUGGGAGUCUGAGGAAAGUGUCUCUGACAACCCCUUUAAAAAGGGAGAAGCUUUUGAGAUGUUCACUGUCAUCAAAUCCGAAGGAUAUCAGAUAUACGUGAAUGGCAAGGAGCAGUACACAUUCAAGCACCGUAUACCACUGGAAAAAGUGUCAGCAUUAAAUAUCAAAGGAGAUGUUGCUGUGAACCUUUUUGGAUUCAUACAAAACUGGAGCACAUCUUCAUUCCCUACAGAAGUUACAACAAAAAUCAUCAGUUUGGGCAGCUCACGUGGGGAGCGUUCCACCGUACAGUCAGAGAUCUUGCAGCCAGUCCAAAACCCUAUCCUUCCUUAUGUGGGUCCAAUUUCAGGAGGUCUGAGAGAAGGAAUGGCUUUGUACUUGCAGGGAGUUGUUCCCACUAAUGCUGACUGGUUUGCAAUAAAUUUCAAGACCGGGUCAUCUGAUACUGAUGACAUUGCUUUCCACUUCAACCCCCGAAUGGGCUCAAAUGUGACCAUGAACAGCUUCAGGAAUGGGGGAUGGGAGUCUGAGGAAAGUGUCUCUGACAACCCCUUUAAAAAGGGAGAAGCUUUUGAGAUGUUCACUGUCAUCAAAUCCGAAGGAUAUCAGAUAUACGUGAAUGGCAAGGAGCAGUACACAUUCAAGCACCGUAUACCACUGGAAAAAGUGUCAGCAUUAAAUAUCAAAGGAGAUGUUGCUGUGAACCUUUUUGGAUUCAUACAAAACUGGAGCACAUCUUCAUUCCCUACAGAAGUUACAACAAAAAUCAUCAGUUUGGGCAGCUCACGUGGGGAGCGUUCCACCGUACAGUCAGAGAUCUUGCAGCCAGUCCAAAACCCUAUCCUUCCUUAUGUGGGCCCAAUUUCAGGAGGUCUGAGAGAAGGAAUGGCAUUGUACUUGCAGGGAGUUGUUCCCACUAAUGCUGACUGGUUUGCAAUAAAUUUCAAGACCGGGUCAUCUGAUACUGAUGACAUUGCUUUCCACUUCAUUCCCCGAAUGGGCUCAAAUGUGACCAUGAACAGCUUCAGGAAUGGGGGAUGGGAGUCUGAGGAAAGUGUCUCUGACAACCCCUUUAAAAAGGGAGAAGCUUUUGAGAUGGUCACUGUCAUCAAAUCCGAAGGAUAUCAGAUAUACGUGAAUGGCAAAGAGCAGUACACAUUCAAGCACCGUAUACCACUGGAAAAAGUGUCAGCAUUAAAUAUCAAAGGAGAUGUUGCUGUGAAACUGCUUGGCUUCAUACAAAACUGGAGCACAUCUUCAUUCCCUACAGAAGUUACAACAAAAAUCAUCAGUUUGGGCAGCUCACGUGGGGAACGUUCCACCGUACAGUCAGAGAUCUUGCAGCCAGUCCAAAACCCUAUCCUUCCUUAUGUGGGUCCAAUUUCAGGAGGUCUGAGAGAAGGAAUGGCAUUGUACUUGCAGGGAGUUGUUCCCACUAAUACUGACUGGUAA